CAGCUCAUUUCGUAUACUCAGCUUGAUCGAGCUUGUUGACGAUCCAAAUACGGAGCCGGUUUCGUGUCGCCUCAGUGAAUUAUUUCGAGGGCCGUUUUCGGAAAUGGAAUACGUUUAACAAGCGUAGCGAGCCCAAUAAUUAUAGAAACCAAUUAAAUUAAUACAUACAUUUGAUUUAUAUUAUAACUGAAAACUCAAAAUAAAAAUUGAUUUAAUUAUUUUGCAGAUGAGUGCAAAAAUUAGUCAAGUGCUUUGCCUAAAAAUCAAUGGUUGAGAAAGUGUCUAUAUCAACGGCAGUCGAUAAGCUGAAAAGUUUGCCAUGGCGAGAACUAUUCUACAUGUUUUAUAUAGAGCCAGUUGUAUUUAUGCUCAUAUUUUCGCAUCUGCUGUCGGGCACUGUAAUGCGUAAUCAGAUUAUAUAUCAGACAUGCCGGGUAAUAUUUCAUUACAAUGAGACCGACUGCAGGCAGCUGGAUGACAAAGAUGCCAGCCAUGAAGUUCAUGCCAUUGAAACGGAGAUUCAAUCAUAUGUGGCAGACAUGUUUCUCAUCCGGACCUUAAUGGAGAGCAUUGUGCCAGCCGUUUGUGGCCUAUUUAUUGGCUCCUGGUCGGAUCAUUAUGGACGCAAGCCAUUGCUGGUGGUCUCAAUGAUUGGUUUCUCUGGCUCUGCGUUAAUAAAUACCUUAAUAUGUGCGCUAUCCAGCAGUCGGGACAUAAAUCCCUGGUGGUAUACGAUGGCUGCAGUGCCGCACUCCCUGCUGGGCGGCAUGUGUGUAUUUUCUGUGGCCGCCUUUUGUUUUCUAUCGGAUAUUACAGAUAUUAGAACCAGACCCUACAGAAUGAUUGCCAUAGAGUUUCUGAUGUUUAUAGCUAUCAGCAGUGGCUCCUUGUUGUCCAGUUAUGUGUAUGAAGCCACCAGUGCAUCUAUAACCCAGAGCAUCUCAGCGGCCAUUGUCGUAUUGGCCACAUUAUUUAUUAUAUGCUGUGUGCCAGAGAGUUUGCACAUACGCCUGGAGAAGGAUGCGGCAGAGAGUGCCGAAAGAACCGAAAAACCCGAAAAGGAUGUGCCCCUUUCAGCAUGCGAUAUGCAACUAAAUACUGUGUCCAUUGAUUGUCCAAACGAUGUUAUAGAUGACGAAAAAAAAGAGCACGACAAACAGAUAGUUCCUAUAACCAUAGAUACAAGGCCAAAAGCCGCAACAGACACCAAAAAUAUAAGUUUAUUUGGACUCAAAAUAAAUGAUGACAAGCAAGAGCGUUCGACAAAUGUGCUUUACACAUCCGAAAAACAUUUGGACGAAAGGAACGAGACUAAGCAGCUCGAUUCUGUAACCAAUGAAGCGAAGCAGCAGCAGCAACAGAAUGAGCCGGAGGCUGCCACAGAUGCCAAUAACAUGGGUCUUUUCAGCUUGACCCACAUCAAAGAUAUGUUCAGAACCUGCUGCAAGCCACGUGACAAUCACGCACGCGAAAUCAUUUGGCUGGUGACCUUGGCCAUGUUUAUGGCCAUGUUUGUUGUGGAUGGUGCUAUGACAGUCAUGUAUUUGUUUGUGCGCCAAAAAUUCCACUGGUCCGUGCGGGAGUUCACCUUAUUUGAAACUAUCAGCCAAAUGGUGCCCAUGGUGGGCGCUCUCAUUGGUAUUCUUUUGCUGCGCAAGGUUUUUGGUCUUUCUGUGGUCACCUUGGCUCUGCUCUCCCUGUUCUCGGAAAUAUUAAGCAAUCUAACCAGAGGUUGUGCUUCUUUUCCUUGGCAUAUGUAUUUAUCAGUGGCUUUUGGGAUAUUUCGUUCCAUUGGCGGGCCCAUGUGCCGCACUAUUGUCUCGAAUAUAGUGCCCGCCUCUGACUUGGGUAAAAUUUUCUCCAUCAAGAAUGUUUUUCAAUCCUUUGCGCCUUUCGUCGCCGCACCGCUCUAUACAUUAAUCUAUCAGCACUCGUUGUCUGUUUUUCCGGGCCUUUUCAAUUUUCUUAGCGCCGCGCUCUUUUUGGUGGCUUUUGUUGCAAUCUGUUUCGUCUGGCGUUUUAAAUAUAUGCACAAGCAACACUAUGCCGAGCUAUUAAAGUAAACAUUCGACUAACUAUAGCUGUAAAUAAACUUAAACUGUUCUGAGGCUUUUAUUAAAAAUAAAUGUGAAUGAGCAAAACUGUUUUAUAAAAGAA